AUUCAAUCGAAGACGUUUGGAGAACGUCAAACUUUUCUUUGCCAGAGAGAGAAUGAGAGGACGGGGACAAGAAUGUACAGCAAGAACUUGCAGAACUCGGACAGAAGUGAAUUACUGGAUCUGAACACCUGAUUAGGUAAAGAAGCACAGCUGCACAAGCAAAGAAGAAACACUACUACCAUGAAUGCCCAAGACUUGUAUGACAAUGUGCUGCAGGGAAGAGAGUCCCAAGAGUGACACCACCAUUGAUGAGAAACCCGAGGACAACCUCUGGCUACAACUGGGCUUUACUGUGGACUCUGAGACAGGUGAGCAUUUACUGUCUCCUGAGAAAAACAUCAGCAGAGGAGACGUGACCCUUGACUCUGUGUCUCCUCUCAACUCUCCGUCCUUCACCCUCAAUGGGAUGGUACCAGACUUCAAUCUUGACUUCAACCUUGAUGAAGCCUUGAAAUUUGUUGGACUGAACUGUUCUGAGACUGGGGAAACUGUCUGGAAGCCCUCAGAGCCUGAACCCACCUCUGACAAUAAGGAAAGCCCUGGUAAGGAGGAGGAGGACAGCUUAGACACCUUGAACGACACCCUGGACGAUAUGAUCCAGGCCUCCCAGCUUCAUCCUCAACACCUGCGCUCACUACAGGGUACUGCUCGGGCUGCAUCCCACUCGACGAAUCAAAAUAUUUUACAGGAGAAAUCUUUCUUGAGAACCCAGCUAAUCAUCUAUGUGGACUCUGAAAAUGAUCAUAGUGAGAGAGCAGAGCACUUCAGAAUAUGGGCCAUGGUUUUACACAUGCAUCACUACCCACUGCAUGCUCCAGCAGCAGCAGCAGCAGCAGACAGCUAAAUGCUACACCACCCAUCAAGAGGAUGAAGAUUGCAGCCACAUCAGAGAGGCUGGCUGUGAAUUUAGUCUUCCUGCCACACGUUGAAGUUCCUGCUGAUAGCCAAUUGGUCCUCACCUUGUUCAUCAGGCUUGACUCUUGCAUCUUCUGAAGGCUGUAGGAAGAGUAAGUAAGCCCAAUAGCAUUGCCUCCUGUGAUGUAUUGGACUGGCAGUUCCUUGAUUCUGGAGGAGUCUGCAAUAGGAAGACCACAAAUGUAGUAGUUGGUUGUGACAUCCAUACCUAUGAACAUGUAUUUACCUGCCAGAAUGCUUAAUUAUGUAAGGGACUCCCCAGAUUGUGGAGAUCCCAACAUUGUGGAAGCCCGUGGCCCCUGGGCAGCUGCCCUCUUUGCCCACUCCUAAAUCAAGGGCCCUGCACAAAUUUCUCUCUCUCUCUCUCUCUCUCUCUCUCUCUCUCUCUCUCUCUGUCUGUCUGUCUGUCUGUCUGUCUGUCUGUCUGUCUGUCUGUCUGUCUGUCUGUCUGUCUGUCUGUCUGUCUGUCUGUCUCUCUCUCUCCUCUGUCUGUCUGUCUGUCUGUCUGUCUGUCUGUCUGUCUGUCUGUCUGUCUGUCUGUCUGUCUGUCUGUCUGUCUGUCUGUCUGUCUGUCUGUCUGUCUGUCUGUCUGUCUGUCUGUCUGUCUGUCUGUCUGUCUGUCUGUCUGUCUGUCUGUCUGUCUGUCUGUCUCUCUCUCUCUCUCUCUCUCUCUCUCUCUCUCUCUCUCUCUCUCUCUCUCUCUCUCUCUCUCUCUCUCUCUCUCUCUCUCUCUCUCUCUCUCUCUCUCUCUCUCUCUCUCUCUCUCUCUCUCUCUCUCUCUCUGUCUGUCUGUCUGUCUGUCUGUCUGUCUGUCUGUCUGUCUGUCUGUCUGUCUGUCUGUCUGUCUGUCUGUCUGUCUGUCUGUCUGUCUGUCUGUCUGUCUGUCUGUCUGUCUGUCUCUCUCUCUCUCUCUCUCUCUCUCUCUCUCUCUCUCUCUCUCUCUCUCUCUCUCUCUCUGUCUGUCUGUCUGUCUGUCUGUCUGUCUGUCUGUCUGUCUGUCUGUCUGCCUGCCUGCCUGCCUGCCUGCCUGCCUGCCUGCCUGCCUGCCUGCCUGCCUGCCUGCCUGCCUGCCUGCCUCUCUCUCUCUCUCUCUCUCUCUCUCUCUCUCUCUCUCUCUCUCUCUCUCUCUCUCUCUCUCUCUCUCUCUCUCUCUCUGAAGUGUGGAUGGUAUAUCAGCACAGGGAGCAAAAAACCAAGGAGCCACUGAGGCUGUCACUUUGAAGAGGUCAUUGUUGUUGCAUCCAGCAUCCCAGCCUGACUGCCUAGACAGCUCCUGCAGGUUGCUGAAGGGCAGAGUCACAGACUGCUCCACUGCCAGGUGUGAGACCAGUGUGGCAGAGUAUGAUGUGUACACAAUGAGGGACACACCACAGCCAACCCUGUAGGUGACCCAUGCUGCACUGCUGAUUGGGUCCUCACCUUGCUGUAGGAGACCUGAUAACAUGUACCAGCCAUUUUACCAAACACUAAACACUACCACCAUUGAACUGACCAGUCCCACACCCCAACAGGUCCUCACUUUGCUGUAGGAGAGCUGACAACACGUACCAGCCAGCAACUCCCAUGCUGACGGGCUUCUCCCCCAUGGGUAUGUAGCACCUCUGGAGUUGGUCAGCAAAGAAGAGGAUGCUAGCCAAACCUAUCAUGUUAGUCAGGAUGCACCAGUACAGAGCUGUGUCCAUUGGGGUUGUGUAGGCUAGUAGCAUCUUGUCAAGGUCCUCAUAGGUGGCCACAAACAGUUUAUGGCUAUAAGAGGAGGACUUGCCUUGUGAACAUCACAUUGGGGAAGCCCACCCCAGCAGCCCAGCCUCCCCUGACAGCUAUCAUCAUCUGCUGCCUUGCCUGGGAGGACCAUAGACACAGCUUGUCUCUGAUGUCUUCCCCACAAUGCCUUGUCUUUGUUGGCUUCAGUGCAAUUUGUUUGUCUUCAGUUUAAAUAGUAUUGUAUAUACUAUCUUGUCUUCACCAUCUUGAAAUGUGAAGGAUGUUCUUGACAAACAAACAAGGUAGUAUUGUAUAAUUAUUACUUUAAAUAUUGUCUUAAAUUAUCUUGAAAUUUGUAAAAAAAAAAAUGUGUAAAAAGAAAGCAAA